AUGGCCCGCUUUACCAUCUUAGCCCUCUUGUCGACGGCCGCCCUUCCCGGUGCCAUGGCCUGGGGAGCGAUGGGCCACGAGACUAUCGCUUACAUCGCUAGCAACUAUGUCGGCUCGGCGACCAAGAGCUACUUCCAGGGCCUCCUAGGCGACACCUCCGCCGACUACCUCGCCAGCGUCGUCGCCUGGGCCGACAGCUACCGGUACACGACCGCCGGCACGUUCUCGGCGCCGUUCCACUACAUCGACGCCAACGACAACCCGCCGUCGACCUGCGGCGUCGACUUGGACCGGGACUGCGGUUCCGAGGGCUGCGUCGUCCGCGCGCUCCAGAACUACACGACCAUUCUCCUGGACCAGAAGGCUAGCAACGCUAACUUACAGAUCGCCGCCAAGAUGGUUAUCCACUUUGCCGGCGACAUAGGCCAGCCCCUGCACUGCGAAGCUCUAGAAGUAGGUGGUAACGACAUCGACGUCGAGUACGACGGCGACGACACGAACUUGCACGCCAUCUGGGACAGCAACAUCCCCGAAUCCAUCUCAGGCGGCUCCUCUCUAACAUCUGCCAAGUCGUGGGCCACGACUCUGAUCAAGGAAAUCGACUCCGGCGACUACAAGUCCCAGGCCGCGGGCUGGGUCAGCGGGCUCAGCGUAGGCUCCUCCUCCGCCCAGGUAUCGACGGCGCUGAAGUGGGCGACGGAGAGCAACGCGUACGUGUGCUCGACCGUCCUCAAGGGCGGCGUCAGCGCCGUCGAGAACAAGGACCUCAGCGGCGCCUACACGACGACCGCGCAGCCCGUCGUCGAGCUGCAGAUCGCGAAGCAGGGAUACCGGCUCGCGAAGUGGCUCGACGCUAUCGUUGCCGCUAUGUAA